GUUCUCUCUUUUUUUUCAACAAAAUCGCUGCUGCUGCGAACAUGGAUUCUUCUGGUUCUAGCAGUGGUUCGAACUCUUUUGAAGAAUCUGAUACAUGACCGAAGAAAGAAAUACCUCAUUGCCACGAGUUGUACUAUGACGAUGAAGACGAAAAGUAGAAAUCCAAAGUCUCUGAUGAAGACGAAGUUGUCCCUGAUAUCGGCAGUGAUAGCGAAAGCGAAUCUGAUGGGUAUGGAGAUGGGCUUUGCGGGAUGACCAAGAAAGAGUAUCUGGAGUACUAUAAAGCUGUUGGAAUCAGCGAUGGGUUUGAUGUUCCUGAAUUUCCCCAAACAUUUGCAUUGGGUAUCAUUAUUCCAUUUCUCAGGCCUGGUGUGGAGUUCACGGAUCACCGAUCAUUUAAACAGCUUAACAGAUGUUUGAAUUUAGCAGUUGAUAAUUACAACAGAAGAUACGAUGCAAAUUACGAAUUUGUGAAAGUUGUGAAGGCAAACUCGAUGACUGUUGGUGGUUUCAUAUAUUAUAUUACCUUUGAGGCCAAGGAUAGGAUAAGGAUGACAAUCCUGUGGAAACCUUUGAAGCAAAGGUGUAUUUGGGAAUUACGGAUACGGAUGUCUUGAUAUGCACGCGUAAAAAAGUUACUAUAAUCGACCAAGGUAAAAUUAAUUCAGUAACUAAAUACCAAUUUAUUUUAAUGUUCUUUGAUUGAUUUAAUGAUUAUUUGUGGUAUUUGAUAGACUUCAACUUUGGAAUGACGGUUGUGUUUGGUAGUAAAUCCUAUGUGUAAUACCCACAAAAGUUUAAAAUUGAUUUUUAAAAUAGUUGAGGGUCAAAUGAUUAAUCUUGCGAAUUUUAUACUAUAGUAGUAUAUGAGU